GUACCCUCUGACGAACUACACGUUUGGCACGAAGGAGCCGCUCUAUGAGAAGGACAGCUCCGUGGCGGCGCGCUUCCAGCGCAUGCGGGAGGAGUUCGACAAGAUCGGCAUGAGGCGCACGGUGGAAGGGGUCCUCAUCGUCCACGAGCACAGGCUGCCCCACGUCCUCCUCCUGCAGCUGGGCACCACUUUUUUCAAGCUACCUGGUGGUGAACUCAAUCCAGGAGAAGAUGAGGUAGAAGGGCUCAAACGCCUAAUGACAGAGAUACUGGGCCGUCAGGAUGGUGUUCAGCAAGACUGGGUGAUUGAUGACUGCAUUGGGAACUGGUGGAGACCAAACUUUGAACCUCCACAGUAUCCUUAUAUCCCAGCUCAUAUUACAAAACCAAAAGAGCACAAAAAGCUUUUCUUGGUGCAGCUUCAAGAAAAGGCUCUGUUUGCAGUCCCCAAAAAUUACAAGCUGGUUGCUGCACCAUUGUUUGAGCUCUAUGACAAUGCACCAGGAUAUGGACCCAUUAUUUCCAGCCUUCCUCAGCUUCUGAGCAGGUUCAACUUUAUUUACAACUGACUUCCCAUGUCCCUGCAAAGUCUGAUAGAAGAAGAAGCCGUCUCUGUGAGCACAGCUUUAAAAUGUAGAGAAAAGAGGAUGUGUGACACAAGGGGUUUUUUUAUGUCAUUCUUUUCCUGAAGGCCACAGAACUUUCUGUUGUAUAGGUAGAGAAGUGACUCUCAACUGUUUAGGUAGUGGGGUGGCCAUGUGAUUAUUGAUGUUUUCAUCAGUUUUUGUUGUAAUACUCACCUGGUGUGUUUUUUUUUUUGUACAACAUUAAACAAAGUGGUUAAGAUUC